AUGCAGCCGACGGAGAGGAGUAGCGCUCACGUGAAGCUGGAUGUCGACAGCAAAGGCGAUCAGAAUUGUGAGGAGGUAGAAGCCGCCGCCCCGCAACUGCCUGGGGGGUCUCCACAGGCUGUGGCGGUGGUGGAACCGCUUAGUUAUGAGUUCACCGUCGCCGGCCAGGAGGGUCUGGCCAGACCUGCUCCAGAGGGCAAGGAGGUUCGAUCGGAGACAAAAGAUUCGGUUGUGGAAAUC